AUGAAGAUCCUCCUGGUCUUCUCCACCCUCGUGGCAGCCACCUGUAGUGAGGAGCUUUUUGUGGGGGACCAGGUCCUCCGCAUCACGGCCAGCGAUGAGGAGCAGAUCACCCUGCUCAAGGUGCUGGGUGAGCAGGAGGAGCUGCAGGUUGACUUUUGGCGUCACCCCACCAGCCCCAGCCACCCAGUUGACCUCUGGGUGUCCUUCUCCAGCCUCCAACCAGUUAAAACCUUCCUGGAGUCCAACAGCAUUUCCUACAGCAUCAUGAUCAAGGAUGUGCAGGCAUUAUUGGAUGAGGAGAAGAAAACCAUGACCAAGUCCAGGAGGACAGAGAGAAGCACCAGCACAUUUGAUUUUGCCUCCUACCACACGAUAGACGAGAUCUACGACUGGAUGGACACGUUGGUGGACGAUCAUCCCAACCUUGUGAGCAAGAUCCAGAUUGGGCAGAGCUUUGAGAACAGAUCUCUGUACGUGCUGAAGUUCAGCACAGGGGGAUCGAAUCGCUCAGCCAUCUGGUUGGACACCGGCAUCCACGCACGGGAAUGGGUCACUCAGGCCGUCGGUGUCUGGACAGCCAACAAGAUCGCCAAGGAGUAUGGUCAGGACCCUUCUGUCACUGCCAUCCUGGACAGCAUGGACAUCUUCUUGGAGAUCAUCACCAACCCUGAUGGCUUUGCCUUUACCCAUAGCUCUAACCGCCUGUGGCGCAAGACAAGGUCCAUCAACGCCGGCUCCCACUGCGUCGGUGUGGACCCCAACCGAAACUGGGAUGCAGGCUUUGGAGGCUCUGGCUCCAGCAGCAACCCCUGCUCUGAGACCUACCGUGGCCCUUAUGGCCACUCUGAGAGAGAAGUGAAAGCCAUCGUGGACUUCAUCAGUGACCAUGGGAAUGUGAAAUCGGUCAUCUCCAUCCACAGCUACUCCCAGAUGUUGCUUUUCCCCUAUGGCUACAAGAGAACACCUGCACCCCACUACCAGGAACUGAAUGAACUGGCUAAAAAGGCAGUGAGGGACUUGGCCGCCGUCUACGGGACGAAAUACACCUACGGCAGCAUUGUGGACACCAUCUACGUAGCAGAUGGCACCACCAUUGACUGGGCCUACGACAACGGGGUGAAAUAUUCCUUCACCUUCGAACUGAGGGACACGGGACGCUACGGCUUCCUCCUGCCCAGCACCCAGAUCAUUCCCACAGCUACUGAGACUUGGCCAGCGCUGUUGGACAUCAUGAUCCAUGUUCUGGAACAUCCAUACUGA